CACUGCUACCGGAACUUGGCGAACAAACCGGAAGGAACUCAUAUUCGUCAUGCCUCAACUUCAGUCAACCCCACUCCAUGACCACAACGACAGAGGUGUGAAAUCUCCAUCUCGUCGACCUAUGCGGCGCCGAAUUCGCAAAGCAUGUGAGCCCUGCCGACAUAGGAAAGUCAAAUGCGAUGGAGCACAUCCCUGUGAGCUUUGUGUUGGCUAUGGCUAUGACUGCAUCUACGCCAAUGGCGAAACACCUACAGCUGAUCAACUGGUGUCUUUCAAGAGGAAACUGUCACCAUCCACUGUCUCCAAACUGCGAGAAGAGUCCUCAGUGUCUUCUGAUACCCAAGCAAAGGACAACAGCGAGCCUCCGGGCCCAUUAUAUGUACUUUCCGAGGGUUGUCAUUCUCCAAAAACCGGCAAUACUAGAUUCACGAGAGUAGAUAGUGCUAUCGCAUUCCCCAGAAGUCUUGGACUGUCACUCAACGCGGAUGAGCCUCCGAUAUUGCAAGCUUUUGCUUGGAACACAGGCACAAGAGGCGAAAAGUCGGAGGUGACUCGGCCGAGUCUGCUCCAAAACAUUAGCUUGCACGAGUUGGAAACGUUCUCAGAUAUCUACUUCACUUCCAUCAACCCAAUAUUCAACAUUCUUGACCGAGAAGAAUAUUGUCAGCGAGCCGAUCGUUGUUGGACUGCUCAAAACAUAGAACCUGGAUUUGAGGUGGUGCUGUGUGGGGUCAUGGCACUUGGGUCCUUGUUUUCGAGACAGCCCUUCGCUCACGAGGCAGAUCUUAUCGAGCAAGCAAGGUUGACCCUGGAUAGAACGUUUGCGCACUCAAAUGUCUUGCUCUGCGUUGAUUUCGUCGUGGGCUGGAUUCUACGCGCCAUUUAUCUACGCUCAACGACAAACCCACACGUUUCAUGGAUGGCGAGCAGUAUGGCUAUGCAUAUCGCCGAGUCAAUAGGUCUUCAUCAAGAGAUGAGUGAUGUCAAGGUGACCCAGAAGGGGUGCGUGAUAAGCGAAAAGGAAAUCGAAGCUCGUAGGAGAAUAUUUUGGGUAGCGACUUCUAUGAAUCGAUUUUUCUCUGCCCAGUACGGCCGGACGAUGACAGUGCUACAAAAUGUUGGAUGUCGUUAUCCUGCAGGCACUUCUGAUGAUGCAGCAGAUGACUUCGCUAGUAUCAUCCGAAGACUUCCAUUCCUAUGCGAUCCUGGUGAUCCAAGCUUUAUCAUUAUUCUCAUAGAGGGAAUUAUGAACCUGGGAAAGAUAAAAAUCACCAAGUUGCCACUCAUCUUGCUGAGAGCAGACUCGAUGUUUACCAUCUAUCGCAAACUGAGGUACAUGGGAUUUACACUUUCACAAACUCAUGUCGAAAUUGUUCUGUCUGCAAUCAAUUCGGCCCUGGACGCUGCCGAUGCUCUUGCGCGUCAAUACCAACAAUGGUGGACCAUUAUCGGAGUUCCAUUCCACAGCAUCUGCGUCUUACUUGCUCUCAACACCACUGAGAGCUUGAACCUCCUAUACAAAGCUAUGGAGACCUUGCAGAAUGUCACCACUAUCUUCAGCUCUCAUGUAUCAAGGGAGGCGCUCCGCACAGCACACUACCUUGUGAAAGUUGCCGAGAAGAAGAGAAGAGGAGAUCUGGGGUCUUUGCAACGAGUUCUUAAUCUCAACGCUAAUAUGGCCGCUUCUCCUGUGGCACAGACUCCCGUCCCAGAAAGGUUCUCUGAACUCCCGUCUUUUGAAAGGCCGACUGAUUUUGAUUUGGCUUUUGCGGACUUGCUGGACACGACGAGCUUCGCGAACGGAGGGACAGACAUGACGGGAUAUACCCUCUGAGAUUUCUGCUGUGCAAUCAGAUUUGCCUUGGUUAGCGACUGACUCGGAUGUGGAGAGAAAACUGUCUCGAGGUAUGGCAAGCUAGCGAGGUCUAAGAAAACUUCGUGGGACCGCGUGAGCCGCAUAUAGCGCAAAGUGCGCGAGUUGCGCGGAUUGCGCGGAUUGCGCAGAACGCGCGAAAUGCGCUGAAUGUGCAACCUGCACCAGAACAUAAGAUAUCAAAAGACACGGAAAUCUUGGAAACAGGAGCUGGGAAUUCUGUGUUGACUUGGGACUUUGACCACGAUUUGCAGUGGCGCACAAAAUAUAAAUGAAUAAUGAUCGGAGAAUGGUGAAUAUGAAUUUGGAGUUGUUUGAUAGGUUGGUCGCAGGUCCCUCGGACGUUCGUGAAGGACCGUCAAGUAACC